CCCUGGUUGGAUGCCUUUGAUCUUGUCCUGUCCAGCCUGGCAUGUGGCACAGGUGUUCUCGUUACACUGUCUGGACACUGCACGUUCCAUGGCAACACAUUCAGGUAAUUCAAGGCUUCAUUUAUACUCUGAGAGAUACAAUAUAUCAAUGAUAGCCUAGGCCUGUUUCCAAAUUUUUUUUUUUUUUUUCGGUACAUUUUUCAUUUGCUGAAAUUGAAGACCAUCACUUAGAUGUGAGUUAAUUUAAAUUUUUUUUUUUUUUAUUUCAAUUUCGCUUACGGUUUGUUUUUGUUUUUUUUAUUUUCAAAUUAUUAUUAUAAUUUUGUAAUUUUUUUUUUUUUUACAUUCAGGUAAUUCAAGGCUUCAUUUAUACUCUGAGAGAUACAAUAUAUCAAUGAUAGCCUAGGCCUGUUUCCAAAUUUUUUUUUUUUUUUUUCGGUACAUUUUUCAUUUGCUGAAAUUGAAGACCAUCACUUAGAUGUGAGUUAAUUUAAAUUUUUUUUUUUUUAAUUUCAAUGUCGCCUACGGUUAGAUCUAGUUUUUUUCAGAUUCAAAAUAUUAUACUAAUUUGGUAAUUUUUUCUUUUUUGUUUAAAUAUGUUUUUUGAAGAGACAAAAAAUAUUCGAAUAUCAUGAAAACUUUGAAUUUAACCUUUGAACUUCCAUUGAGUUCAACCUUUGAACUGCCACUGAGUUUAACAUUUGAACUGCCACUGAGUUUAACAUUUGAACUGCCACUGAGUUUAACCUUUGAACUGCCAACUGUACGUAAGCCUGAGACAAGUUCAUCUUGUGUCACCAGAAAUGCCAUGUCCAUGACUGUCCUGUCCUUGCUGAUGACCAUCGUGUCCGGGUGUCUGCUGCUGUCCCUCCUGGGGGUGGAGUCCAAGCUACUGGGCGUGAGAAUGGACACCCUGCCCAGACUCAGUGAGUUCAGAACGUGUAGGAUUAAAUGUUCAUGUGGCGCGAACAGGUCAUAACAAGGGUGGUCACGUGACAUCCCUCCCUCCCCCACUCCCCACACACACAUACACGAUCCAUACCCAACACUAUCACAAGUUCAGACUGAGAAAUUUUUUAUUUUUUUUUUACUAAAUUAACAAAUAAAAAUUAAUUCGAUAAUUAUUUUUUCGUCACACCAUUGAGCAAUGACGAAAUCUCUCACAUCAUUGAGCAAUGACGAAAUCUCUCACAUCAUUCUGUUUUGUUUCUUUUUUUUUUUUCUUUUUUUUCCAGCCGAUGUAGAUUUGGGGUUUGUCAUGUUUCCAGCCGUGACCUCUAACCUCCCAGCCCCGGCCAUAUGGAGCUGUAUAUUUUUCCUGGCCAUCGUGCUGUUCAGCCUGGUGCAGGCGGCCGUCAUGGUCCACCAUAUACAGCAGGGCCUGGUGGACAUCGUUUACCUGCAGGAGGUCAAACUACGGUGGAGGGUGGCCAUCCUGGGCACCAUAACUGUUAUCAUGAUGUCUUUCAAUGUGCUCACGACAACGGAGGUGAGGGGGGGGGGGGGGGGGGGUAGACGAAACGGGAUGGCUGUAAUUAAUUGAAAACUUCUUAUGUGCAUUCUCUUUUGUCCGGAAUUUUUUUUUGUUUUUUCAAUGUGCUCACGACAACGGAGGUGAGGGGGGGGGGGGGCGUGGAUAGACGAAACGGAAUGUCUGUAAUUAAUUGAAAACUUCUUAGUUGCAUUCUCUUUUGUCCGGAAUUUUUUGUUGUUGCAUAUUGGACUUAAGUUUCUGUAAUAUUUAAAUAACUCCUACUUUAUUAUCUCACGCCAUUACAAAUUAUCCCAUUAAAAUCCAGUAGUGGAGUAAAUGAAGGAUAAGGUUAGAGCGAAUCAUGAAUCUCUCUAAAUCAUUCUAAAAGAGAAUAAAAAUGUUUAUUGAAUAAUAAAAAAAACAUUAAUUAUGCAAUUCUUGUAACUGAACCAGACUUCAUUUUUAAACCUUUAAUUUGUAACUCUUUUUUUUCUUCUUAUUGGCAAGCGAAACAAAUAUUGGACACUUAUAUUUUUAAAAAAUUUUACCACAAAAUUAUGAUGUCUGAAGUUACUUGGGCUGUGCGCUUAAAAAUAAAUAGAUCUGAUUAGACACACAAUGUGAGAGGUGAUGCUGAAUUGUGCAUAAUUUUCAAUGAAUAGAUUCGAUUUUGUUAUGUCAAAAUUUUUAAAAUGUUCAUUUGCCGUUCUUCUUUUAAUUUAAUUUUCUUUUUUAAAACGUGUAUUUUAAAAAUAUUUCACAUUCACAGAAUGGCUUGUACGUGCUGAGACUGCUACAGUUCUCUGUCCCUCGCCUCUCUGCCCCGCUGCUGGGCGUAGCUGAGUGCCUGACGGUGGGCUGGGGCUACGGGGCCCGUAGGUUUGCCGGCCGAAUCACGGAGAUGACCGGCAGAAAUAAAAGUUUUGUCUGGAAGUGGCUGUGGAGGUGGGGUUGUCCGGUUGUUCUCUCGGUAAGACAACCCUCUUGUUUUGGGUUGUGGUAAAAUAUCAGGAUCAAAUUGUGUCAACACCCCAAACUCCAGACUUCUCACAUCAAAAGAAACUCAAAAGAAUAAAUCUAACUAUACAACUAAAUUGAAUUAGUGAUGUAGUUAAAGGACCACGAAGAAACAUUAUGGGAAAAUGCUGAACUCUAUUGUUUGUUCCCUUGAAUCCGAUAGCACGUAUGAGCCCCUAAUUUUUUUAUCUUUUACUUUAAAUUGUAGUUAUUCUCAAAAUGACCCUAUUUAAAAUGGCAUUGGAUCAUAUAUUCCUUGGGAAUGCAUGUGGAUCGGUCGUGAGAAGAUUUUGUUGGAGUCUUCUCUCUGGUCUCUAGGGACUGGUUACCAUUUUAAAAUCCUUUAUAUUAACUUCGCUUUUGUUCGUGGGUGGUUGGCGGGGUGGUAAAAUCUUCUGAUUGAUCAUUAAUCCACUUCACGUCAUCCUAUUGAGCUGAAACCUGGCACACAGAUUCGUUGUCAAUGACAACACAUUAUAUUAGAGCAAAUUUUCAGCCCCAGUUUAUCCUGUUGCAAGAUUAAGGAAAUUUACGGACAUUAAUUUCAUGAAAUAAAAUUCCCGAUGACUGUGCAAAACGAAAUUCUUUUUUAACAAAAAUAUCGCAAGUGCGUUUGGUGCGUAAUAAUUUCUUUGUUGUUUUUUUUUCUGAAAUAGUUGGUGAAAUAUAAAUAUAUGCCUUUAACAGCAGGUGGGACAAGUGAAGAUUAAUAUAACAUGAAAAUAAACAAAUAGAAAACGCAUGCAAAGCAUUUAUACGAAACACUUUGUUAUAAUGGGUUGUUUAAUAUCUUCAACAAGCUCGUGUCGUUUUGUCCCCGACAGAUUGUUUCUAUAGCAUCUAUUCUUACAACGAACUUGCUUCAAGAUUUGCCUCCAGUUGAUAUGGACCAGAAGUGGAUUCACGCCGUCGGUUGGUCUCUCAGCCCCAUUAUCUUGUUUCCUGGCCUGGUCAUGGCCACAGUUUCAUUCUGCGGUGUGCACGGGACAUUCAAACAGGUGAGCGGGUAGGCUACACAUAAUUUCAAACUUCAGCGUGCGUUGAACACGCCAACAGGUGAGUAGGCUACACACAAACAGUCGCAGAUUCUCAUUCUUAAACGUUUCUGGAACAUUACAGACUCGUCAAGGGAGGCCAACGGUCUUGAAUAUAUACUCAAUUGUAUUCUAGGAUUACUCCUCUUGGCUCAUUUUAAUAUUUUCCAAUAUGUUUGGUAAUUGUAUGGAUAUUUCAAAGCGAAUAGAAUUUGGACAAAUAGUUUUGUUAUGAUGCAUAGAACUUAAUUGUUUCAUGAAGAUUCACCUAAUAAUAUUUAAAUUGUAGUGUAAAAUAUUGGUAAAUAGUUCAAGCUAUAUUGACAUGUGAUUAAAUAAAGCCAUUCAGUUGAUUUUCACAUAUAUAUUAAAAUUCAUCUAUACAUAUUUUGAGAAAACCUCAUGUUAUUCCCAUAGAUAUAGUUAAACAGCAUGCUAUAUAUUUUUAAAACUUUAUGUUAAUUUUAACAAAUACUUUAAACAUAUUUACUGAAAUAAGCUUUCACAAGUUAAAAAAAACAACAACCUAACAACCAUUUAACGUUCGACUAAUCUCAUCCCAGAGACUGAAGCAGCUGCGGUCCACACCUUCAUCAUGGGGCCCUGGUCACCCAGAGCACGAGCCCCAAGCCGACCUUCCAGAUUAUGUCAUAUGUCAUCCUGACCCUUUCAGACCUGCGAAUGCCCUGGCGAUGCUAACAGCAAAUCUGUACCUGCCAAAUAUUGUAAAUUUUGUAAAUAUGCAGGUAAGCCUGUCUGCUGGUGCUUUACUUGGUACUUUUUUCAGAUGUGUCUCUUCUGUUGUUGUUGUUUUUUAAAAAUUAAACAAAUGAAUUUCAAUUUGAAAAAAAAUUAAAAACAGGAUUAUCAGGCUUGCUGUCCAAUCCAAAUACUUUAGUCUAAUCAACAGCCUAUAUACUCUAGUCCAAACCACAAUCAACAUACUCUAGUCCACAUCACAUCCUAUAUACUCUAGUCCAAACCACAAUCAACAUACUCUAGUCCACAUCACAUCCUAUAUACUCUAGUCCAAACCACAAUCAACAUACUCUAGUCCACAUCCCAUCCUAUAUACUCUAGUCUAAAACACAAUCAAUAUACUCUAGUCCACAUCACAUCCUAUAUACUCUAGUCUAAACCACAAUCAACAUACUCUAAUCCACAUCACAUCUUCUUCUUCUUUAUUUUAAGGGCCCACGAUCAAUGAAUUGAUCAUUCUGGCUCCUAUGUUUCAGAGAGGUUUGCGAUGUUACUGUCCAUGGGUUUCAAUGGGAUACUUCACUGGUUGCAAGGGCGACUCAGCAGUGGUGUUAUGAACUGGGGGUUGGAAUACAGGAGGCAAUAGACACAAAUGUAUCGAGUGUAGCCGCCUCAACUGUUGCUUUUGGAAGCUUGUUCCAGUCCCCUAUUGUCUUCGGCAGGAAUGAGGAGCUUCUGUACUUCGUUCUUGUUUUUACCAGCCGGAACUGUUUGUCGUGACUUCGUCGCAGUCUGGGGGGAAGAUUAACGAGUUUCUGUUUGAUUCCGGAGCAGUGCACCAGUCCAUUUGUUAUCUUGUACAACAUGGUGAGCCUGGAUAGUCGUCGUCGUUCUUCCAAUGUCGACCAGCCCAGUGUUUCCAGCAUGCUGCCAACACUCGAGGUGCUUCUGUAGCGGUUCAUGACAAAGCGUGCUGCCCGUCGCUGGACCGCCUCCAACCUGUCUAUGCUUUUCUGGGUAAAUGGGUCCCAGACUGUAGAAGCGUACUCUAAAAUAGGUCGGACAAAGGCUUUAUAGGCUUUUUCUUUCACGCUUGAGUUGCCGAUCUUCAGAUUGCGCCUUAGGAACCCCAGGGUCUUGUUUGCCCGGUUGCACACACUGUUAAUGUGCUCGUCCCAGCGGACCUCUCUUUGGAUGGUAACACCCAAGUACUUAACGGAGGAAACUGGCUCAAGAAUAUGGCCAUGCAGUUCGUAAGAGUGGUUUAGAGGGAACCUGCUUCUGGAGACUGACAGGGUUUGGCACUUGACGGGAUGAAAUUCCAUGUCCCAGCUUAUCUCCCACUCAGCUAACCGAUUGAGGUCUUGUUGAAGCUGGCUCUGGUCAGAGCUGUUGACCAUUGUCCUAUAUACCGCCGUGUCGUCUGCGAACAGUCUUGCUUGAGAGGUCAGCUUCUCGGGCAGAUCGUUGAUAUAUGCUAGGAACAAACAAGGGCCUAGCACUGAGCCCUGGGGGACCCCUGACUUAACACUGACAAAGGAGGAGGUUUUGCCAUCUACCACUACUGCCUGACAUCCUAUAAACUCUAGUCCAAACCACAUCCUAUAUACUGUAGUCCCAAUCGCAUCUUAUAUACUGUAGUCCAAACCACAUCAUCUAUACUGUAGUCCAAACCACAUCCUACAUACUGUAGUCCAAAUCACAUCUUAUAUACUGUAGUCCAAACGACGUCCUAUGUACUCUAGUCCAAACCACAUCCUAUUUACUGUAAUCCAAACGACAUCCUAUAUACUAUAUUCUAAACCACAUCCUAUAUACUCUAGUCCAAAACAACAAAUCCUAUAUACUGUAGUCUAGUCCAAAUCACAACCUACAUACUGUAGUCCAAACCACAUCCUAUAUACUGUAGUCCAAAUUUCAUCCUAUAUACUAUAGUCCAAACCACAUCCUAUAUACUGUAGUCCAAACCACAUCCUAUAUACUCUAGUCCAAACCACAUCGUAUAUAUUGUAGUCCAAACCACAUGCUAUAUACUGUAGUCCAAACCACAUGCUAUAUGCUGUAGUCCAAACCACAGCCUAUAUUUUAUACUAUAGUCCAAACCACAUCCUAUAUACUCUAGUCCGAACCACAUGCUAUAUACUCUAGUCCAAAUCACAUGCUAUAUACUGUAGUCCAAACCACAUGCUAUAUAAUCCUAUAUAAUUCAGUCCAAGAGAGAUUAGGAUGUCUUUAAUGAUGAAGUUUUUGAAGUAACAUAAAUCUCUGGGGAAAAUAAUCUGGAAGUCACUCGGUGUUAUUGCUUUUCACAUAAUUUAUGUAUCAUUGGCAUUGGCUUAUCAUUGUUUUGUUGAAAUAGGGUCAAUAUAAAAUGGUGUAAAUGGAGAUUUGUUUUAAAAAAUUGCAUUGUUAAAAGGGUUAGAUUUUUUUUACUCAUUUACUUUAGUGGGAUUUGGGACAGAAGGGGCUUGUAAGGAAAUAUCAUAUUCAGUUUUAAGACUAUUUUUGUAUAUAUAUAUAUAUGACCUAACUAUCUUAUUGAUUUAGCUAGACAUUGUUCAAUCUUUCAUUAUAUUGUUGCACCAAUCUCUGUAUAGAUUUUGAUAUUGUCUUGUAAUUGUUUCCCAAUGUAGGGCGGAAGAUUCAAAGUAAAAAUUUGUGUUCUUUUCUUAUUCUUCUUAUUUUUUUUUUUUCGUUUGAGCUGAUGUGAAAUUAGUAGCAUUGUUAUAGUGCAUUAUGGGGGCUGUGCUAAAACACCAGAUGGCAUGCUAUCCAAUAAUUUAUUAUGUAACAGAAGGCGUAAUAGUAUUUAGCAGUGUGCUGCUAACAUUAAAAUGUGGGGCGAGUAACCUUCUAUAGAAUAGUCCACAUUAGGAAUCGAUAAUAAUUCAACAAUUUAAUGAAUUUAAUGUUAAAUAGGCUAAGAAUAUUUUUUCACAUUAUAUAUUGACACUUUCAUGUCUGUGUGCUUUUGUGCACGUGAAUUGUCUGUAUGCGCAUCCUUUAUUUGAAAUCACAUAUGUGCUUUUUAUGUGAUACUCUGGCAUUGUUCCACAACUGCAAAUGGCAUGCAAUUCUGUGAUUUUCACGCAUAUACUUAUAAAUACAUUCUGUGGUAUGUGUGUGCAAAUCUUGCUUUAUGUUGUAUAGAAUCGUGUUCUCAUGCCAUCAACAGACGAUAUUAAGUUUUAAAACAAGUAACUUUUACAUUGAAGUCUUUCAUUGUUACAUUUGUUCACCACACUGUGAGCAAGAAGUCAAUGUAACCCACAGCUGGUGUCAGUACAGUCAACACCACAAAACAUCACAUUUGUGUGUUAGAUUCCUGAACGGGGUAUCUUUGUGUGUUGUGUGCUCUUUGUGUUGUUUUAAGCAAGUGUACUUCAUGUCAUGCGUGCUGGUUAGGAGAAUGAAGAAGGCAGAAAUCAUUUUCCCCCCUUAAUAUGCUUUUAUUUUUUAUGUAUAUAAGUGGGGAUUUUUUAUUUGGAGAAGAAAUUAUAUGUUAGAAAAGUUGCAAAGUUUUUCGCAGUGUCAUAAUUCUAAGCACAGAUGGAUACCUCACUUAUUAUUACUCCACUAAAGGUCUGUGCCCCAUGUGUUAAACUGAGAGCAUUGUAAUUGUGUUCUUAGUAAUUUCAUGAUUUUUAAUAUAACUAUCACAUUUUUUAAUUAAUCAUAAUCAUUUAGCCUGUAGAAAGUAUUUUAACUGUAGUGUUAUGUUUUAUACGGCAGCCAGCAGCAGGGGACGCUGACAUGGGACCCGACUACCUCUCUGAUAUGGCCACGCUGACAAGUUCUGAUGACGAUGACUCGUUGGACAGCCCCAUCUCCAAGGAUAGCUGUUUGGGUCGUUGCCACGCAACGGUGCCUUGCUUGAGUCACGUGAUUGGU